UCCAGGUUGCAACUUUAGCUCAUACUGGGCUAUCGUAGGGUGUACGGUAAAUGGGCUCUUACAAGUUUCUAACAAUGUUUCUUGUUUUGCUGACUCACUGAGGGAGUGCAUGGAUCAGAUGGUCUUCCGCAGUGAUACCGUGCUGUCCGACGUCCACCUGCUCUUGCCCAACAGAGGCCACCUUAUGGUCCACCUCAAUGUGGCAGGACAGCCAGUUUUUGCUUCACGGUUUAAGAUUUUGCGGGACUGCAAGACUCAGGAUUUUGGCCAUGGUUCAACCACAGCUGAACAGGAGGAAAAAACAAGCCAUGCUUCCGGAGAGCUGGGAAGAGAUGAAAAAAAGAUGGAGAGGGGAGAGGAGGAGGAGGGGAACAACCUAGAAGCCCAGAGGUCACCAAAGGUUCCCUUGGAUGAAGAUGGUGAUCUAGAUGUGGUCAGGAGGCCCGCGGAGAGGGUCCCAACAGAGCUAUGCCUGAGAAACCGAGACAUAAUGUAUCCCACAAUCCUCAGCAGGACGGAGCCAGAUGCCACAGAGGAGGAGCAGGUGGAAGAAGAAGAGUGCCCCAGAGAUGUCAUUAAGAUCGAGCAUACCAUGGCCACACCUUUGGAAGAUGUUGGAAAGCAGGUGUGGCGUGGUGGUCUCCUUCUAGCCGACUUCAUCCUUUCUCAGCUUGAAAUGUUCAGAGGGGCUACUGUUCUUGAGUUGGGCGCUGGCACAGGUUUGACCAGUCUCGUCAUGGCAAUGGUGGCCAAGAGAGUCUACUGCACAGAUGUUGGUCAUGACCUUCUGACCAUGUGUCAAAGGAAUAUAAUGUUGAACACACACCUUUUGGACUCUGGGGAAGGUGAAGUUAAAGUGCGUGAAUUGGACUGGCUGUGGGACGAUUUCUGCACAGAUACAAACUCUGAGUUUGGUUGGUCUGAAGAGGAAGUAGCUGACCUGCAUGACAACGCCACUGUCCUGUUUGCAGCAGAUGCAGUGUGCUACGAUGACAACCUCACCGAUAGCCUGUUCCGGACACUGUACAGAAUCUCCAGCAAUCUUUGCAACCCAGGAACCAUCUACCUGUGCAUAGAAAAACGGCUGAACUUCACAAUCAGACACCUGAAUGUCACAUGUGAAGCCUACGACUAUUUCCGCCACUCUCUAGACAACUUGCAGGAUCUGGUGGAUGGCAAGAUGAGGUUUACUGUAGAGCAACUGGAAACCUGCUUCCCACAGUUCCUUCAGUACGAGAGAGUAGAUCAGUUGGAGUUGUGGAAAGUGACAGCUUCCCAUCUUUAAUCUAGGAAGUCAAGUGGUAUCUCACACACAGCUGGAUUCACCCCAGUGAACACCUGUCUCACAAUUAAAUGACCAGACAUUGACAGUAAAUGGCGAAGCGGCAAACUAUUUUGGUUUGAAAAUAGUGUGUUUCUGCUGGGUACAAUUAUUUCUCCAUCCUGGUUUUAUUUGUUGUAUUGUUUUAGGAGACUUUAGAAGCAUGAUUCUGGUAAUAACUUAGAAGCUUUUAUUUUUUUGGAACUUUUCUAGUCACAGUGUUAGUCAUGAGUGGUCUUUCCAGAUCUGCUAAGAUUAAUGAUUAUAAGAUUUUUCACAUCUUCCAUUAAGAAAUGUACAUAUCAUACUAAAAUUAUGGAGUCAACAAUAUACACUGGCUAGAUAA